AUGGGCCGCGUCAGGACCAAGACAGUGAAGAAGGCCGCUCGGGUCGUGAUCGAGAAGUACUACACCCGACUGGGCAAUGACUUCCACAUCAACAAGAGAGUGUGUGAGGAGAUCGCCAUCAUCCCCAGCAAACCUCUGCGCAACAAGAUCGCAGGGUAUGUGACCCACCUGAUGAAGCGCAUCCAGAGGGGUCCCGUCAGGGGCAUCUCCAUCAAACUGCAGGAGGAGGAGCGAGAGAGACGGGAUAACUACGUCCCAGAGGUCUCUGCUUUGGAUCAGGAGAUUAUUGAGGUUGAUCCAGAUACAAAGGAAAUGCUGAAGGCUUUCGACUUCGGGAACCUCCCCAAUCUGCAGGUCACCCAGCCAACCAUCGGCAUGAACUUCAAAACACCCAGAGGAGUCUAACGUCAUUUAGCACAUUAAUAAAGACUGCAAGGAAGAACAA